AUGGCGAUUAGAAGGCGAUUAAGUUUUACUUUACAUUUUGUUAGCGAUUCCACGAUUCCACGAGAUUUACAUUUCAUCACUCCAGAGAAUUUUUUCGUUGCAUUUCAGGCCAUGGAUCUCUUAAUAGGACAGGAAUUUAAUUUUAAUUUGGCUCAACGAUGGGCUGGUGAAAUGGAAUGGAAAGUGGCGCAGUUGGCUGGCGUUUAUGUGGUGGCGAUUUUCAGUAUUCAGUAUGUGAUGCGCGAAAGGAAAGCGUUCGACUUGCAGAAGCCACUCUACAUUUGGAAUGCAAUGCUAGCGUUAUUCAGUAUUAUGGGAUUUGUGCGAUUGACUCCGGCAUUUUAUGGACAACUCACGACACGGGGUUUUGUUAGUACUUUCACUGAAGUUGGACCUUGUUUCAAGGAUAAUGUGGCCGGUUACUGGACCUUCCUGUGGGUAUUCUCGAAGAUUCCCGAACUUGUGGAUACCAUGUUUAUAGUUCUGAGGAAAAGACCUUUAAUGCUGAUGCAUUGGUAUCAUCAUGCGUGCACGGGAUACUUUUCGUUCGUUGCGUAUGCAAGUGGGAAUGCAUUCCUGAUUUGGAUCGUUUGGUUGAAUUAUUUCAUCCAUUCGUUCAUGUAUAGGUAG